AUGGCGUUUCCGCAGCCUAACGCACAAAGAGAACUGACGAAUAGGAAAAUUUUAGAAGAAUUGCAACUAAAGAAACAGAUGCUGCUGAAGCAAGGUGCAGUGGCUCCUCUGACCGCCACCUCCAUAUCUCUGACACAGCCCAACCCUGUUAGUCAGCUGCCUAUGUGCUCAAUCCCUCCAGUUUCAGCUACUGCAGGUUUCCCUCAACUACCUGAAGCGAAUAUUGUAAAUACAAGCCACAGAGCAGCCUUACAACACGCAAACGCCACAUCCUGUGGCUACUUUGUCUCCCAAGACUCCUCAUUUGGAAACCAGAUACUUCCUGUUCUACCCAGACACAGUUUGAAUCUAUAG